GGGGGGACGGAUGAGUUGUAUGUAGAGACUGUAUCAUAGCUGGAGAGCCACAAUGCCGACACAUCAGACACAUCGGACGCGGCCGCAUCAGACACACACACACAUCAGACACACACACACAUCAGACGCCUCACACAUCACGCAUCACACAUCACGCAUCACACAUCACGCAUCACACAUCCAUCCGACGCAUCACAACAUCACGCAUCACACACGCAUCACACAUCGGACGCAUCACACACAAAGACACGAAGACACACAGACACACAGACAUACACAGAGACACACACACACACACCUCGGACACAUCGACACUCCUCCACAGCUGAGCACUCAGCGCAUCCCGCGGGGGGGUGUUCCGGACUUGCACUCGUUCGCCGACUCACCCACUCACGGUGCACAUCCCGGCAGUUCGGAGUCUCACCAGCCCAUGCACAUCGCCCACCACGGAAGCACAGCCAAUCUCGGGCUUGGCGAUGCGCUGGGUCGAACAUGGCAUUUCGGCGGGCUUGGCUGCAUGUGCGAUUGGUCACGCUAUUUCGAGACUGUCCGCGACUCUCCCUGGUGUCAGACUGUUGCUUAGGCGUGGACUUUGAAUUUGAAGCAGCUUACUACACACUGACUAAGUUAGCACUGAAGUCUGAAGCAGUGAAGCUGCACAUCCGACCAAGACCUUGGCCCUCCUCCCUGUGCCUCACUCUGCCUCACUCUGCCUGCCUCUGCC